AUGGUCCGCACCUCCGUCCUGAACGACGCUCUUAACGCCAUCAACAACGCCGAGAAGACCGGCAAGCGCCAGGUCUUGAUCAGACCUAGCUCCAAGGUCAUUGUCAAGUUCCUCUCUGUCAUGCAGAAGCAUGGCUACAUUGGUGAAUUCGAGGAGGUCGACGACCACCGCUCUGGCAAGAUUGUCAUCCAGCUGAACGGACGCCUGAACAAGUGUGGUGUCAUCAACCCUCGCUACAACGUCCAGCUGCGUGACCUGGAGAAGUGGGUCGUGAAGCUGCUGCCCUCUCGUCAAUUCGGCUACGUCGUGCUCACCACCUCCGCUGGUAUCAUGGACCACGAGGAGGCCCGUCGCAAGCACGUUGCCGGCAAGAUCCUUGGCUUCUUCUACUAG